AUGGACUGGCCGCACCGUCGGACUUUGGUGGCUUGCGCUGGCGUGUGCAAUUCAUGGCGGGAAAUCACCAGAGACUUCAUACUGUCCGCUCCGCCCACCUCCGCGGACCCCGCGCACAUCUUCUUCCCCGCGGACCUGCGCGCGCUGGGCCCGCGCGAGCGCACCGUCGAGUGCUUGAUUCGGCGGAACCGCAAGACGGGCACGUUCUCGCUCUUCCUGGGGGUGUCGCCGAGCGCCGCGGCGGAGGCGGAGGGGGAGUCCACGGCGGGGAAAUUCCUCAUGGCGGCGCGCAAGUUUGGAUGGCGGCCUUCCAGCACGGAGUACGUCAUCUCGCUCGACCCGCACGACUUCUCUCGCCCCGACCACCCCACCGCCGCUGACUCCUCCCACUCCUCCCACUCACCCCACUCCGCUCGCACCUCAAGCGCCACACACGCCUCGCGAAUUUCAUGUCUCGGCAGCACCACCAGCGCGGUAGCAAGCAGCAGUGCUACCGACGGCAGCAGCGGCGGCGGAGGCAGCGGGGCGGCAGCGGGCAGCGGGGGCGCAGCGGGCAGCAGAGGCGCAGUGGGCAGCGGAGUGGCAGCGGGCAGCGCGUAUCUGGGGCGGGUGCGCGCCAAUUUCCUUGGCACGCGCUUCACCAUCUUCGACGCGCGCCAGCAGGGCCCUUCCCCCCCCGCGCGCGCCCCCCCAGGCGUUGCCGCGCCCAGCAGCAGCAGCAAGGUGCACCCCAGCAUGGGCGCGUUUGCGCCCGCCCCCGCGCUUUCCAAGGGGAAGGGCGCCGGGGGGAGAGGCGCGCGGGGCGGGCGGGAUGAGGGCGCAGGGAGCAGUGAGGCUGUGGAGUCGCCAGCAGGAGCUGGGAAUGGGAGAGGGUGCGGGAGGGGCAGCUGUGGAAGCAGCAGUGGCAGCUGUGGUUGCUGCUGCGUCUGCUCUCCCGAUGGCUGUGCCUCUUCUGCUCGCCCUGCCUGCCCGUCCACUCUGCCCCUUCACCCGCCCUCCCCACACGCCACCCCAUGCGCCCGUGGCGACUGUGCGUGUAGCCCCACGUCCGUCCUCUCGCCCCCCUCCUCCGCCCAAUCACUGCCCGCCACCACGUCCGAUAGUGCUGUGCCCCUUCCCCCCCUCGCCCUUCCGCCUUCUGCGCUCGCUCCGCCCGUCCACACGCCACCACACUCUUGUCCCCUUGUGCCCUCUGCGCCUCUUCCGCCCCCUGCGCCCCCUGCGCCCCUGCCCGUGGCGACGGUGUCGUACGCGCUCAACGUGCUGGGCACUCGCGGUCCGCGCCGCAUUCAGGCUGUGCUGCACUGCGCGCCGAGCAGUGGGGGAGGACACGUGCCAGGCAGUGGGGGGGCUGCGGAGCAACGCGGGAGAGAAGAAGGGGCGGGGGAUAAGGGCAUGAGAUGUGGGCGUGAGGGGUGGGGCAGAAGGGACGAGUGUGCAUGUGAUGAGGGUGUAUGUGCAUGCGGUGAAGGGGUAUGUGUGUGUGAUGGCUGCUCGAGGCAUGAUGGGGCAGGCGAGGUUCAAGGGGAUGGCAGGGAGCAGAGCCACAUGCCAUGCUGCCACGUGUCCCAUCGUCAUUCGUUCAGCCAGGAGAGGCAUGAAGGCGAGGGAUGCGGGGAGGCGGCACGGGAGCCGAUGGUGCUGAAGAAUAAACCGCCCAGAUGGCAUGAGCAGCUGCAGUGCUGGUGUCUCAACUUCAGGGGGCGCGUGACAGUGGCGUCUGUCAAGAACUUCCAGCUCAUUCACGCCACGCCGCACCAGCCCCACGCACCCUCGCCACUGCUUUCAUCAUUGAGGGGCGGGAGGGACGUGGACCAGCCGGUAUUACUGCAGUUUGGCAAGGUGGGCAGGGAUGCCUUCACCAUGGACUAUCGCUACCCGCUCUCCGCCUUCCAGCCGGUGCUGCUGCGGUUUGGCAAGGUGGGCAGGGAUGCCUUCACCAUGGACUAUCGCUACCAGCUCUCCUCCUUCCAGGUGUGUAUGGGGAAGGGGAGUGAUAAUGAUUAG